CGGGGGUUAUCCACUGCAAAGUGCAAAUAUUCUGUGUGGCUCAAAGAAUGCUCCAACUUGCCUGCAUCACAAAAUAAACUGUGCCAAGAUGGCGGACACAGCCACCCCUCACUCACACAGCUUAUCCAGACAUCAGCCUGCCACCAUCCAAAGCACCCUGAAGAAGAUCGACUAAAUAUUUUAAUGCUUCUGGGUAGCCUUGGAAGAAAGGGCUCAAACAUCACUUCGCACCAGGGACUUACCUCUACUUCGUCGGGCCAAGUCACAGCCUCCAGAGUCCAACCAGCUGCCUGGAACAACUUGAUAGGGCCCCCUGUACAGGUUCCCGGAUGGGUGCUGCAGAAGAAAAGAUGCAAGUGGCUGCAGGGUCUUGCCCCAACGCCAUUGUACCUCACCCAAAGCCAG